AUGAGGACUGCGGUACCGCAAGCGAGGCUCGCAGCUGCGAAGGGGCGUCGACACGCGGACGGCUCGAUGGCGCCGUCGAAGCCUGAUGCUGAUGUUGCGGCUGGGGAUGACGCUGUCCCGGAUGCGCCCCACGAGGAUGACGAUACGAACGACGCGGUCUCUAAUGCGCCGGGAGAUUGGAAACGGAGAAGUUCUGGGUGCCCGGAUAGUUGUUCAUUUGGGUACAGCCGAACAGGACGCCCCGGAGAAGGGUGA